AUGGAUGCUAUUCCAUUAGUUCUCGCAACAGAGGAGUUGCUGGAGCUUAUUUUUCUCAACCUAGACAUACGUCCAAUUAUCACCAGUGUCCAAAAGGUUUGCAAGAAGUGGCACAGAACCAUUACGACCUCGGUCGCUCUACAACGACACCUGUACUUCCUACCAGCUCCGUUGCCAAGUCCAAGUCCGACUGAGAAAAUUCGUCGGGACCUGAAUCCCCUGCUUGGCGAGCUCUUUCAGCCUUGGUUUCAACAUGCCAAGGAUCCGGCGACGUUGUUUGACCAGAGCCUGCUCGACAAUUGGAGAGCGGGAAUGUCCACAGAUGACUUGAACAGCUUCGUACGAUCUCUUCUCGGGACGGACAAAUUCGACAAUGCAAGACGGCGGUUUAGUGGGACAGCUCUAUAUGCUUGCGGUGAAGACGCAGAUAGCCCGUGGCGAAGAGCCGGGGCGACGUGGAGGAACAUGCUUGUCGCGCAACCCCCCGUAACAAAAAUUGGCGUAUUUCAGCAUCCUAAUGAGGAUCUAGUAAGGUCUUGCGGCCUUAGAUGGGAAGUGAUUGGUGACGCUGCACAAAACUCCCCUGAUACAACGUCCAAGGGAAGCGCAACAACCAUGAUGUCUCCCUUUGGUCCGCGAAUGGGUGAGCUGUAUCACGAGAUUCUUCGACGAGUUCGCUGGAAGGAAGUUGCUGGCUUUGAGGUAUUCCACGGGGUGCAGGAGGUGACACGAGACGAGUUUCUAAGCCGCGUUGGAACCAUGGGGUAUGAUUCCUGUGGAGAGUGCGGUAGCAUGUAUGAUGCCGGCGCCGAGUUAGUUUUGGUAAUUUUUACAUCUAUGGACGGUAUGGAAGACGUUGAUGACAUGUUUCGCCUGCCGUUUUGGCGGAGAUGUUGUGGUUUCGACGAUCCUGGACUAGAGGCUGAGGAGAAGGAGCAGAGGGCCGCCUUUGACCAGUGGCCAUUUGGCCAGUUUUGA